AUGUCGCUCCGCACUCAGGCCCUCCGCGCCGCUGUCCGCGCCAACGUCCCCCGCGCUUCGCGCUCCUUCUCCCUCCUCGCCCGCCAGGCUCCCAAGGCUGCCGUCGCUGCCGCCUCCCGCAUGGGCCUAACCUCCCAGGCCACCCGCGGUGUCAAGACCCUUGACUUCGCCGGCACCAAGGAGGACGUUUACGAGCGUGCCGACUGGCCCGUCGAGCGUCUCCAGGACUACUUCAAGAACGACACCCUCGCCAUGAUCGGCUACGGCUCGCAGGGCCACGGCCAGUCCCUCAACGCCCGUGACAACGGCCUCAACGUCAUCAUCGGUGUCCGCAAGGGCGGCGAGUCCUGGAAGCAGGCUCAGGAGGACGGCUGGGUCCCCGGUGAGACCCUCUUCGACAUCCCUGAGGCCAUCGAGAAGGGUACCAUCAUCAUGAACCUCCUCUCCGACGCUGCCCAGUCCUCCACCUGGCCCGAGAUCGCCCCCCUCAUCACCAAGGGCAAGACUCUCUACUUCUCGCACGGCUUCUCCGUCGUCUACAAGGACGACACCCACGUCGUUCCCCCCAAGGACGUCGACGUCAUCCUCGCCGCCCCCAAGGGCUCCGGCCGCACUGUCCGCACCCUCUUCCUUGAGGGCCGUGGUAUCAACUCGUCGAUCGCCGUCUACCAGGACGUGACCGGCCACGCCAAGGAGAAGGCCGUCGCCCUCGCCAUCGGUAUCGGAUCCGGCUACGUCUACGAGACCACCUUCGAGAAGGAGGUCUACUCUGACCUCUACGGAGAGCGUGGUGUCCUCAUGGGCGGUAUCCAGGGUAUGUUCCUCGCCCAGUACGAGGUUCUCCGCAAGAACGGCCACUCGCCCUCUGAGGCCUUCAACGAGACCGUCGAGGAGGCCACCCAGUCGCUCUUCCCCCUCAUCGGCAAGUACGGCAUGGACUACAUGUACAACGCCUGCUCCACCACCGCUCGUCGUGGUGCCCUCGACUGGGCCCCCAAGUUCAAGGAGGCCAACCUCCCCGUCUUCGAGGCCCUCUACAAGUCGGUCCGUGACGGCUCCGAGACCCGCCGCUCGCUCGAGUUCAACUCGCGCAAGACCUACCGCGAGGACCUCCAGAAGGAGCUCGACGAGAUCGACAACCAGGAGAUCUGGCGCGCCGGCAAGACCGUCCGUGCCCUCCGCCCUGACGCCAAGAAGGAGGACCUCUAA